AUGUCCCAGCGAAGAGCGUCCCUGUCGCUACGGCAUUCCAAGUCGCUGUCCGCCCCGCCCCGUCGUCGCAAGUCGCUCGAGGACGAGCCCAUGACGCGCGCCUCUUCGUUCUCAAAGCGCCGCAUCGAGAAGCAGCCGCCGCGUGUCGGGUCCAUGCAGACGAUGGAGCAGCUGCUGCUGGACAACGUGCACGUCGAGUUUGUCAAAGCCGUUGUGGCCGGCAAGAACAUGCUCGCCAGUCCCCGGUACGUCAUGCGCAUCAGCAACACGGCACUGCAGCAGUCGUGGGAAAUGGCGCGGACAUUCAAGGAGUUUGGCGAGCUCAAGGAAGCGAUCAUCCGCGUGCUCGACCACGGCCACUUUUGCCCGUCCAACUGCCCGUGGCUCUACAUGUUUGCGGCCCACCAGUUCCCGCGGCGCCGCAUCUUUCGCUCGCGGCGUCCGUCGGUCAUUGCAGGCCGUCUCGCAGGCCUCCAGACGUACGUCUCGACGCUCUUGCGCAUGGCCAAGCAGAACCGCAACUUGGACUGCAGUGUGUCGUCGACGAAACUCCCGCAGCUCCUCUACGACUUUCUGUUCGAGGGAAUGGUCUUUGGCCAGUCGGACUGGACGCGCCUGAGCGAGCAGCGGCUGUCACUCGCGGGCCGCGACAGCAGCUUCCUCGACAGUGACCCGACCCAAGAGCUGGACGACUGUUCCCUCUGUCGCCAGGCGUUGUUUGCUGACGACUAUUGCGUGUCGAUCAUCCCGGCGUUCCCGAGCAGCUCGCGCUCAAUGUCGAGCGGUGACAAGAAGGACGACAGCUGUGCAAUGGCUGGACUGACGACGCUGCCCUGUGGCCAUUGUUUUCAUGACGAAUGCAUUCUCGAGAAGCUCAACGAGUCGCUCCUAUGCCCACGCUGCGCAACACAUGCGUCGUGCCCAUUGCCAUUGUCUCGGGCGAGUGGGCACUAG